AUGUGGUUGGGGAGUGGAAAUCCGGGUCAAGAUCAAUACAAUAAUAAUCCAUACAAUCAGUCAUACAAUGAUUAUCCAUACAAUGAUCCAUAUGAUGAUGAUUGUUGGUGGACUGACGAAUCGACUCAAAACCAACACCAUGAACCAUAUUAUUUCCCGGACGACCAAGAAUCAGAAAAAUCUUCAUUUAGCAAGAAGUUGGAUCAAAUGUUGGACAUGUUGAAUGAAACCUUCAACAAGGAGGAAGACAACUCCAAAUCAAUUUCGACAAUUGAAGAUCAACUAGAACAAAUAAUGGAGCACCUAAAGCAACAACCACCGGGCAAACUUUCGAACACUACCCAAGUAAAUGAGGUAAGUUUUCUAUGCAAUGACAACGUUGUGCAUAAUCCUACACCACCCAAUCUUGAGGUUGUAGUGGAGGAUGAUGUACCUUUAAAUGAUAAUGAUACCCAAAGGAUGUUCGAAAUUAAAGAAGCUGUAAUUGAAUUUGAAAAGUCUAAUGAAGAGUUUCAUGAGUUAGAAGAGUCCAAAGUUGGGGAGGGGUUUGUGAAGGCUAAUACCACCCCUUACCCAACAAUUUUGAAAAAACCCGAAAUACAACUUCUUGUUGCAAUAGAUUCUAAAAAAAUUUCCAAAUACAAACACAAAAAUGUAAUCAUUGAUCUUCCCUUUUUGGUAACCAUCUAUGCUCAGAUUAGUUGUCGGGAAGGUGCAAUUGAUAUGAUAUUCAAAAAUCAUAAAUUGAGACUCCAAUUAUUUGGACCUACUAAUGGUCCUCCAAUUAGUGGGGAACUAUCUGUGAUUAAUACGAUUCAUGAUAAUGUCUAUGAGUAUACCACAAAUAUGCUCUCUCACACCACCCUCGGUUUUCUGAUGUAA